AUGUCAGUGCAUCGGCCAAGGCUCCAGCACAGAAGUCUGCUGGAGAACGCAGAGAGUAUUGAGGGUCCUUAUGGAGCAGCAUCUGGGGAGGCUGACAGCAGCACUCUGUUAGCACUCACAGAAAGGAACCGCAGGGAUGCAACAACACCGCUACCAGCCAGACCCAGCUGUGCCCAUGCCUCCCAAGGAAAACGCAAAGAAGCACUCCCUAUACGCCCUGACAUGAUGGGAGACGCACGCACCCAACAACAUGCGCUAGACUUUGAGAAAAAGGAAGAUUUAUGA